GGGCUGGACCGAAGCAAAAAGAGAAGAGAGAGUUAAGCAUGGGGGCUGCCUCAUUUUUUCCAGUCCUGAGCAAUGAUGUGGCCGACAUUCAUUAUCCCGUGUACUGAAGCACGAUGCUCUGCGAGGACUGCAGCGUCAAGUGUUCCACCCCCAUCCGCAAGGCAAUGUGCUGCCGCGUCGGUGUCGGAAGUGCAAGACUCUGGUUCUGUUUGGAAAAAAAUAAAAUUAUUCGAGUUUCCUUUUAGGUGAACCUGGACAUGGGGAAGCUGUGUAAACUGGCAGACGUAAACCACCUGCAUAAUUGAGGCGACUCAAAAUCAGCCGUGUUAAAAGCUAUAGCCGCUUUAUAAGCGGACUGCCACAAAGACUGCUUGUUUAACAAUGCAAUUUCCAGCUGCUGCCCACUUGGAAGGGAGAACUACAGGUUCUUUACUGAAAGAAUACCUGUUUAAGUGAUAGUGCCACAGAUUUUUAAGAAAUACAUAGGCUCAAAACAUAAGGACUGCAAGUCAAAGUAAACCAUCACCCGGCACGUCUCAAAUAAAAAGUGAAAUUUCAGAAAAAUAGAAAUUCUUAUCAAAUAAAUCUACUCUACUAAAGAAUUGCUUCUCAUUUCCCAUGAAUCAAGAAGUAUUUUAAAUGGCAAUAUAAUUUUUCGAGGACAAUUUGGAAGGAAGAUUUAUUAAAUAUAUUGAACACAUCAAGUAAUGUAUGUCUGUAAUUUGCAGACUUCUAAUGAACACUAUUUAUUGAAGCCUGUGGAUCAGACAUGAGAAAACAAGUGUUUGGUGUCUGCUUGCUUCUUCCCCUGUGAAAUUAUGUACCAAUGAAACUGUACCUCUGGCACAUGUUAAUAUGCUCCCUAAGGCAUAUGUGGCUGUGACAGUAGUACUAAAGCAUCUCUACUCCAUAGAAAGUAUGAUAUAUUUGGCACUAAUCUGAGUUAGUCUCCAUUGUUAGAUUGAAUUUUGCAUUGCUUUCUUCAGGGCAUUGAGCUAAAUUAAUGAAUCUUCAUUCAUGUCCAAGGUUUUUGUUUUGAUUUCAUUUCUUUUUUUUUUUUCCUCUCCGCUGCAUUAUAGAAAGUCCUGCAUAAUUGUUGAUUUAUUUGGUGGAAGAAGAAAAUCUGCCACUGGGGAAAAGUGUACUUAUUCAAGGGGGCUGCAGUAGGUGGUGAAAAGUGUUACUUUCUGCUAAGUCCUAGCAAUAAUUCUUAUAGUCCACAUUCAGCUUAAUUUAUACAACUAUGUCUAUUAAAUAAUUCUGUAAUUUUUAAAAUCAAGGUUCCUUCUUGGAUAAUGUAAUAAAGCAUUUUCCUGGCAGCUAAAAUAUAUCCACCCAACAAGGUAGCUAGAGGGUAAAGCUAUGAUUCUCAAACCAGGGGCCCUGAAUCAGCUGUAUCAGCGUCACCUGGAAACCAUUAAAAGUACAAUUUCCAGGCUCCACCCCAGACCUGCUCAUUGAAGAAACUCUGGAGUGAGGUGGCAAUCUGUGGAUGAACAAGCUCUCCAGGUGUCUCCAAUGCACACUGAAGUUUGAGAACCACUGGAGCAGAGCAUCAAGAUAAAUCUUCCUUAGUGACUUUCCACCUCACUACCUUCCAGUGUUCUCUUAGCAGUGGAAGAACGUUCAGGAUACAACCUUAGACGGCACUGGGCGUGUAUGCAAGACAAGGACCAUGUCUCCAGGAUAAUGCCAGAACCCAGAAUCUUCAGUCUGUGGAACUCGAAGAAUAAAAAUGUUGCCACCAGAGCCCUUUACAAAGCAAGAAGCCCUUAACAAGGAAAAUCUGGCUACCUGCAGCAUGAGUAGCUUAUAUGGACUAAUUCAAGACUAGCCAAUCAACUUCCAAGUUUGAAAUUUCCCUAAUCCCCUAAAUUUUGCCCUGAGACCUGGAUUGAGGAGACAGAUUUGAGAGCCUUGUCUCUUGCCUCCUUGUCAGUUGAACUUGGAAUAGAACUCUUUAUUUUCUCAAAAGCUGGUGCCAGCAUCUUCUGCGCACACUGGGUCAUGAGCCCUUGUUCAGUAACGGUUUUGGGGGACCAGAAAGGGACUGGGGUCUUGUGAUUGCUUGCUAAAGGCACUUGCCACCAAACCUUAGUGAUCACCUAAACGGAAUUUGUCUGGAGAGUUGGCUGUCCCCACUGCUGCGGUCCUGGAUCAGAUGUCUUUGGGGUUCCUCUGAAUUCAGCCUCCUCCCUGGAUAGAAGCUGUCUGGCACUUUGUCCUGUGGGAGUCAUUCAUAUCUGAGGGUGGUGUAAAGGAAUUCAUUAGCCAUGGAUGUGUUAAUGAAAGGACUUUCAAAGGCCAAGGAGGGAGUCGUGGCUGCUGCUGAAAAAACCAAACAGGGUGUGGCAGAAGCAGCAGGAAAGACUAAAGAGGGUGUUCUCUAUGUAGGCUCCAAAACCAAGGAAGGUGUGGUUCACGGUGUGACAACAGUGGCUGAGAAGACCAAAGAGCAAGUGACCAAUGUUGGAGAGGCAGUGGUGACAGGGGUGACAGCAGUAGCACAGAAGACAGUGGAAGGAGCAGGGAGCAUUGCAGCCGCCACUGGCUUUGGCAAAAAGGAUCGGUUGAGCAAGAGUGAAGAAGGAGCCCCCCAGGAGGGAAUGCUGGAAGACGUGCCCGCGGAGCCUGACAACGAGGCUUAUGAAAUGCCUUCUGAGGAAGGGUAUCAGGACUACGAACCCGAAGCCUAAGAACUAUCUUUGCUCCCAGUUUCCUGAGAUCUGCUGACAUCCUGUACAAGUGCUCAGUUCCAGCGUGCCCAGUCAUGACAUUUUCUCAAAGUUUUCACAGUGUAUUUUGAAGUCUUCCAUCAGCAGUGAUUGGAGUAUCUGUACCUGCCCCAACUCAGCAUUUCGGUGCUUCCCUCUCACUGAACAUAUGGUAGCAGGGUCAUUGUGUGCUGUGGAUAUUGUGGCUUCAAAUCUAAAAUGUUAAAGCAAAUUAAAAACACCUAAGUGACUACCACUUAUUUCUAAAUCUUCACUAUUUUUUUGUUGCUGUUGUUGAAAAAUUGUGAGUGAUUUACUAUCAUAUAUUAUAGAUUUUAAGGUGUCUUUUAAUGAUUCUGUCUAAGAAUAAUGAUGUAUUGUGCAAUUUGUUAAUAUAUACAAUACUUAAACAUGUGAGCAUGAAACUAUGCACCUAUAAAUAUUAACUAUAAAAUUUUA